AUGGGCAAUUCGUCCAGUUCAUCAAAAGUUCGUCAUAAAUCUGAAUCCAUGGAGAUUCGGCAGAAGAGAAAAAAAUCUGAGGAUUUUUCCACAAAAAGUCGUUCACUUAUGGAACUUGGACCACGAUCAAAACGAUCUAUUGUUGGAAUUAAACCAUCGGAACGGCCGAAACAACCAGUUAAGGAGUCAAGAAGUGGGAGUACUGUAAAUGGUUUGGCACGUGCAAGAUCAAUGCGUAAGGAUAUGACACAUCCAAUAAGCACUCAAGGAAGAGAAAUUAUUCUACAAUGCUUUGAAAAUCCUCAUUCAGAAUUUGGUAAUAAGGUCCUACAACGGAUAUUCGAAAAACGAUCGGACUAUCAAAAAUACGUGUACGCAUUGGGAAAAGAACGAGCAUAUCAAAUGAGCGUAAGGCUUAAGGAUUUGGUGGAAGAAGUUGUCUCUAAGAUCUUCGAUCCAGACCAUAUUUGUGCGAUUUCGAGAGUUUAUGGUGAAGAACACGUGGAAUUGAAAGCUUUCGGAUUUAAACCUGAUUUUUGGGUCACAAUUGCGGAUGCGAUCACUGUUGAAGGAGUGAUCCUCGAUAUGGCAAAUCAUCAGCCUGCGGAUACGGUAGCCGCAUGGUCUCAAUUGGUAACGAUGAUGUUCUCGGCUGUACGUGAUGGAUAUUAUUCGGCUCUACGAAAACAUCGGAUGUCAUCACGUCGUGGACUUCAACGUCAGCACACACAAGAAAGUCGUGAUGCGGAAAGUAAUGUUGAAGUUGGACCAAAUCAGACAGAUACAGCAUCAGGACAUCAUCCAGCCGUUCGUAGUGUAUCCAUGUAUGCUGUUUCUCAUGAAAAUGGGACGUUGAAGAAAACAACAGGAUCUGUGAAUAUUAUGGCACCAGUUACUAAUCCACCUCAACGAAAUUCAUUUUCAACGGGACGUCCAAUUUCUGGAUCUCUACGAUUAUCACAGGAUAGUGAAGGAAAAGAUAAUGGCGGUGCAAUAACAUCGAAUCGUCCUCGACCAAUUUUUGAAUAA